AUGAUGCCCGGAUUAUUACGAAUUCUGCCUCUUUUCGUAAAAGUUGUCUCAUUCGACGCAACGGAUACGGUCAUUGCAAUGGACGAACCAUUCAACGUAGUCUAUUCACGUGUUGCAAAUGAUCAUGGUAUUCCCGUCGAUUCCUCCUUAGUUGCGACUUCAUUUCUCAAGUAUAUGAAGAAUAUGUCUGUAAGCCAUCCUUGCUUUGGCUUCGGUUCAAUUGGACAUGUUGAAUGGUGGAAAAGACUCGUAGUUGGAUGCUUAGAAGAGGUACUUUUCAACCAUAUUCAGCUAGAGACGUUCGUCAACGCCCUUCGACGGAAAGAGGUUGCUGUGGUGAUAGUGUCGAAUUUCGAUGGACGCCUAUGGAAAAUUCUACAAGACAUGAACUUGUAUUCUCUGUUCGAUUUGAUAGUGGCCAGUGGAGAAGUCGGUGUCGAGAAACCUAGUCCAAGUAUUUUUGAAAUAGUUACAAAUCACUAUCGUCUUUCAAAUGCCUCAGAGUUGUUACACAUAGGUGAUAGUGUCCAAAACGAUUACUUAGCAGCCAGGAAUUUCGGGGCGAAUGCGAUUCUCUUUGAUCGUUCUUCACUUAACAGUGAUGUCUCCAGGUUAGACAAAAUAUCAUCUUUCAGUCAGUUACAGAUAUUGUGA